CUCCUCCCCAUCAUGCCCUGAAUCCUCCUGUGGGGUGGGACUCAUCCUCAGCAUGACAUGUGUCUGUACCAGGGAUGUGCUGCUACCUGUGGAGCUCCAGCUGUUGCAUAACAACAAAUAUCCCUCGUGCUCCACUUCUGGGGCUGCUAGUUCGCCAACAGCUGGAGGGCAGCAGCAGAUUCUUUUUUUCUACCCUGGCUUAUUAUAAGAUUCAACUCAUUAGCCACGUUUUCCUCAUUUAGUUUACCCUGAUGCAUCAGCCAACGACACCUGCUGGGCCAUACAUUGUUAAAGCCUGAUAUGUACAGCUUUACAGAGAUGGGGGUUGUAAUAUGAUGACGUGUAUCUAACAUCCUCUACCUGGGACUUGUUAGGGUUGCCACCUGGCCAGUAAAAAUGAUGGUUUAUCCCAAUGUUAUGAAUAGGGAAAAAAAGAUAAAUAUAUAGGAAGGACGGUAUUUUUUUCCGAAAAAGGUGGCAACCCUAGACUUGCUUAAGGCCACCACUAUCAUUUUCUGUUGGUCAUGCCGUGAUCUAACCGCUGUUUGGUCACAGUAUCAGCAUCCCUGCAAUACAUUAAAUAAAUUGUGUGUAAAGAUCAGACAGAGGAGGAAAUGGCGAGCGAAGGAGGAAAAGCCAGCGAAUCUGAGAAUAAAAAAAAAGGCAAAGCAUCUGGUUCACAGGACUCACAGCCUUCUCCUCUGGCCUUGCUAGCAGCAACUUGCAGUAAAAUAGGGACAACUGGGGAAAAUCAAGGUGCAGGACAGCAGCAGAUCAUUAUAGAUCCUAGCCACGGUCUGGUUCAGCUUCAGAACCAACCCCAGCAGUUAGAACUGGUGACUACUCAGCUGGCUGGCAGUGCCUGGCAGAUUGUUGCAGCAGCUCCUCCUGUUUCAAAAGAAAACAACAUAGCUCAGCAAGGAGUUACCAUUGCUGCUAGCACAGCAGCCUUGUCUAGCGGUAACAGUGAAAAUGCAUCUCCCACAAAAAGCAAGCCUAGCAAUGCAGCCACUGCCCCAGGGCAGUUCCAAGUCAUCCAAGUGCAAACACCUGGUGGUAAUGUACAAUAUCAGGUAAUUCCUCAAAUUCAGACAGUGGAAGGGCAGCAUAUACAGAUUAGCCCUGGAAAUGCCACUGCAUUACAAGAUCUACAAGGUCAGAUUCAGUUUAUUCCUGCUGGAAACAAUCAAGCUAUUAUUACUGCUGGUAACAGAACGGCAUCUGGAAAUAUAAUUGCACAGAAUUUAGCCAAUCAGACCGUUCCAGUGCAGAUUCGUCCAGGCGUUUCUAUACCAUUACAGCUGCAAACGAUCCCUGGUGCUCCAGCUCAAGUAGUGACAACCUUGCCCAUAAACAUCGGAGGAGUGACUCUUGCUCUUCCAGUGAUAAACAGUAUGCCUGCUGGAGGAGGUUCAGCACAGAUUGUUCAACCUACUGAUGGUGGAGUUUCCAAUGGAAAUCAGCUGGUGUCCACACCCAUCACAACUUCCUCUGUCAGUACCAUGCCAGAAUCCCCCUCCUCCUCUUCUUCCUCAAACUGCACAACAACAGUGUCAACAACUUUGACUAGCAGUGAUACUCUUGUCAGCUCGGCUGAAACAAGCCAAUAUGCGAGCACAUCAGCAAGUGCUGAACAUACCACAGAAGAAUCCCCAUCUUCUGUUACAGAUGGGGAAGCCCAGAGCAGCAAUCAGCUGCCUUCAAAUGGAUUACAGACCAUGUCUGAACAGUCAAACUCUUUGCAGCAGGUGCAGAUUGUGGGUCAGCCAGUUUUACAGCAGAUCCAGAUCCAGCAGCCUCAGCAACAGAUCAUACAAGCCAUACCACAGCAGUCUUUUCAACUUCAAUCAGGACAGACAAUCCAGACACUUCAGCAACAGCAGCUACAAAAUGUUCAGCUUCAGGCUUUAAGUCCGACCCAGGUGCUGAUAAGGGCCCCAACAUUAACCCCAUCUGGGCAGAUAAGCUGGCAGACUGUUCAGGUUCAAAAUAUUCAAAGUCUUCAGAACUUACAAGUCCAAAACACUGGACUACCACAGCAGUUAACAUUAACCCCUGUGUCCACAAGCAGUGGCACAACAAUAGCACAGAUUGCACCAGUUACAAUGGCUGGUACACCUAUCACUCUCAAUGCUGCUCACUUUACAUCUGUACCUAAUCUACAGACUGUAAGUGUAGCAAACCUUGGUGCUGCAGGUGUUCAAAUGCAAGGAGUUCCAGUAACAAUUACAAGUGUUGGAGGGCAGCACCAAGGAGCAGAAGGAGUAAAAGUACAACAAGCUACCAUAGCUCCUGUAACUGUAGCAGUGGGGGGUAUUGCAAAUGCAACCAUUGGUGCAGUCAGUCCAGACCAGUUAACACAAGUGCAACUUCAGCAAUCCCAACCAUCAUCCGAUCAAGAGGUGCAGACUGGAAAGAGAUUAAGAAGAGUUGCAUGUUCUUGUCCUAAUUGUAGAGAAGGAGAGGGGAGAGGUAACAGUGAACCUGGGAAAAAGAAACAACACAUCUGCCAUAUUGAGGGUUGUGGCAAGGUUUAUGGGAAGACCUCUCACCUCCGAGCUCAUCUUCGCUGGCACACUGGUGAAAGACCUUUUGUUUGCAAUUGGAUAUUCUGUGGCAAAAGGUUUACAAGAAGUGAUGAGUUACAAAGGCACAGAAGGACUCACACAGGUGAGAAAAGAUUUGAAUGCCCUGAAUGCUCAAAAAGAUUCAUGAGGAGUGACCACCUGUCAAAACAUGUAAAAACCCAUCAGAAUAAGAAGGGAGGUGGGACUGCACUGGCAAUAGUCACUUCUGGAGAUCUGGACUCAUCCGUCACCGGUGUUCUGGGUUCACCAAGAAUCGUAACAGUUGCAGCUAUAUCCCAAGAUUCAAAUCCAGCAACUCCAAAUGUUUCAACAAACAUUGACGAAUUCUGAAAGGUUCCAACAGACUGAGUCUGCUGUAUGUAAUGAACAGUGGUGUAAGAUGUUCUUCAGAGUGGAUUCCUGGGUAGAAAUAAUGUUCUAACCUUUUUUUCUUAUUCCAUAAUCAGGUUAACAUGAAGAUUUAAAAAGCUGUGAACUAAAUACCCUUUUCCUGGCCAUGGGCAAUAUACAUAAAACGUAUACAUUGAACAUGUAUCUCCCACUAAGAAUUUCUUGAUUUUUUUGAUCAUCCUGGAGACAAAAAUACAAUUUAGACAGUCCAUGUCGAAUCAUACAAAUGUUCAAACAAAGUCCUUCUUUGUAGAAAGGCCUUAACAUAUUAUAUAGUUUGUAGAAAAUAAUCUACAAACGUCAUGGCAAAUAACUUUUAUAUGGAGACACGUUAUUUUAAUUUAACAUUUGGAUAGUAUAAGGAAAUUAUUUGUAAAGAUUUAAGUGUCGGUAAUAUGCAAAUGGCAUAUAAUUUCAUACACCAGUAAGAUUAUAUUUACAGUGAGCCCUAUUACUACUUAUGCAUUUAAAACAAUGUAAAUAUGAAUAUAUACAUAUAGCUCUUCUCGAAAGCUUUUGCAAAUAAACCUUUGCAAAGUCUCACGCA